UUAAGGCGAUCUACAAUGAAGCUGAGGAUCCUUCAAGCUGCCAGGGGAUCCACCCGACCUAUCAGUGGUUGGUUUGGUCAAGCAACUGUUCCGAUGGUGGGUUCAGAAGACUUCUCAAAAGCGUCUCUGCGGUUCGGAGCCGAGGAUCCGCCUGGAGGAAUGAGCUGCUACACGGUGACCCUGGCAGGCCCCGGGCCCUGGGGCUUCAGGCUGCAGGGGGGCAAGGACUUCAACAUGCCACUGACCGUCUCCAGGAUCUCACCGGGCACCAAGGCGGCGCAGGGGAACCUGAUCCAGGGCGACGUCAUCGUGGCCAUCGACGGCGUCAGCACCGAGGGGAUGACCCACCUGGAGGCCCAGAACAAGAUCAAGAUGGCGCACCACAGCCUGACGCUCACCAUGACCAAGUCGAAGCGUCCCGUUCCCAUGGCGCCGCCCAGAAUGGACGCCGUGAUUCCCAUGAUCCCUCACCAGCAGGUUUUCUGCCCCGCUCCUCCCAACGCCGGCUUCAGCCCCGGCGUGCUGAAGGACUCGGGCCUGUCGCCCCAGAAGACCAUCGAGGUGACUGGUCCGGGCGGGAAGGCCACCAUCAUCCACGCCCAGUACAACACGCCCAUCAGCCUGUACUCGCAGGACGCCAUCAUGGACACCAUCGCCGGCCAAUCGCAGGCCAAGGGACACGAUGCUGGCCAGUACGGGAUGGCCCCGCCCAUGCACCAGGCUCCGCCCCCUCAGCAGUACCAGCCAAUGCUGCAGCAGUUCCAGCCGAUGCCCCCGCUCUACCAGCAGCCCCCCCCACUUCAAGCCCCGCCCACCCAGCAGAGCUCCAUCCAGAUCCCCGUUGGCUCCGCCCCCCCGAAGGUGGUCAGCACGGCCUGCAUCUACCCCUCCCAGCCAGCUCCAGUCCCGCCCCAGCCUCGCCCUGCAGCAGCCGCCCCGGCCCCACCCCCCGCCGCCCCUCCUCCGGGUUCCUCCACCGCCAACCGACCGCCCUGGGUGACCGACACCAACUUCGCUGAUAAGUUCGACCCGGGUAAGACCACCAGCUCCUCCGUGAAGGUCCAGCCGCUUCCUCAGGCGGCCCCGCCCCCGCCGGCGUACAUCCCCAACCCGUCCCCCGCCGGGCCGCCCGCUCCCAGCCCCGCCCCCGUCACACCGAGCCCCGCCCCCUUCCUUCCUGUGGCGAGGGGCGUGGCCCAGAGAGCAGAGAGGUUCGCCGCCAGCAGCCGCACGCCUCUGUGUUCAGCGUGCAACAGCGUCAUUAGGGGCCCCUUCCUGGUGGCCCUCGGCCGGUCCUGGCACCCCGAGGAGUUCAACUGCCACUACUGCCACGUCUCCCUGGCCGACGUCAGCUUCGUGGAGGAGCAGAACAACGUCUACUGUGAGAACUGCUACGAGGAGUUCUUCGCUCCGACCUGCGCCCGCUGCAACACCAAGAUCAUGGGGGAAGUGAUGCACGCCCUGCGGCAGACGUGGCACACCACCUGCUUCGUGUGCGCCGCCUGCGGGAAACCGUUUGGAAACAGCCUGUUCCACAUGGAGGACGGGGAGCCGUACUGCGAGAAAGAUUACGUCGCCCUGUUCAGUACCAAGUGUCAUGGCUGCGACUUCCCGGUGGAGGCUGGAGAUAAGUUCAUCGAGGCUCUGGGCCACACCUGGCACGACACCUGCUUCGUGUGCGCGGUGUGCCACGUGAACCUGGAGGGUCAGCCCUUCUACUCCAAGAAGGACAAGCCUCUGUGCAAGAAGCACGCCCACGCCAUCAACGUGUAGAGCUGAGCUGACCGAGCAGCCUGCUAAUGCUAACCACCUGCUGCUGCUGCUGCUGAUGAUGAUUCUGCUUGCAGACAGGAAGUCCUGCUGCUGCAUGCGACCGGGGCUCAGGUCAGAGACAGCCGGCUCCAAGCUGCGGCUGCAGGGCAGAAUAAUCCCUCAAGUUACAGACGAUGGGUUGAUGCUGGAAAACAAAUAAUUUUUAACGUCACUUUUAGUCGUUUCAUAAAGUUUGAUGUUUUAACACAAA